AUGCGACAACGCUUCGGCAUCUUUGCUGCUAUUGGGGCCACGAUCAUUUUUGUCGUAUUGCUUGGACUAUACCGCUCUGAUCUGCAAAGAGUUCGCGAGACUGGGCUGAAGUAUUGGGUGGCUUCGUGGAGAUAUGGCAGUGACUACAAAUAUGCCGCUGUUAAAAGCGAGACUCAGCUGGCGCCGGCGCAAGAGCCUGCUCUUCCGGACUCGAAACCGAGCAACCAAUCCAUGGCUCCAACGAUGAAUAGAACGCAUCCGCGGACAACACUGGUGCUGGCGACAAUGUCUUACAGCGACAAUUCCUGGGUGGAAAAGGAACUUGGCGAUCUGCUUGGAGAGAAGAGCAACCUGUAUACUGCAUUCUAUGUUGCCAAUGACGACUCUGCGCCACUGCACACUCCUGCGAACAAAGGCCACGAGGUAAUGGCCUAUCUGACUUACAUGAUUGAGUUCUACGACUCUUUACCGGACAUUUCCAUCUUUAUGCACGGACACGCUGCGGCAUGGCAUAACAACUAUUUGCUGGAGAUGUCGUCUUCCCAGAUUGUACGACGUUUGAGGAGAGAGAAAGUCCUCGAUGAAGGCUACAUGAACCUCCGAUGUCACUGGUCUCCCGGCUGCCCUGACCACCUCCACCCGCAGGAGACAAAAUACGAUGGCGACAAGCGAGAGGAGCCCAUGAUCAAAGAGGCCUGGGAAGCCUUAUUCCCCACUGAAGCAGUCCCAGAAGUCCUCUCGCAACCUUGUUGCUCACAAUUCGCCGUCAGUCGUCAGAGAAUUCAAAAUCUCCCGCAGAACAAGUAUGUUGAAAUUCGUGACUGGCUCCUCAACUCUCCACAUGAUGACUACAUCACCGGCCGCAUCUUCGAAUACCUGUGGCAAUACAUGUUCAACGGAACUCCAACUUACUGUCCCGACCCGCGGGUUUGCUAUUGCGAUGCUUACGGCGUCUGCUUCGAGGAUCCGGAGGAGUAUAAGAACUUCUUCAACAUUGUCUACGAUUUAGACCGCUACCGUAAGGAAUUAGAGACUUGGCAGAAGUGGAAGGAGCAGAAGAACAUUGGGCGUGGAGAGAUUGCUCCUGGAGGGCCAGAUGCUUCUGUCGAAGGUCAAGAUGCGAGAGAAGCUUGGUUGAUAGAGACAAUAGAAAAGGCAACGCAAGAGCUGGACAGGAAGAAGCAAUCUGCUUUCGAGGCGGGCAAAGAUCCAUGGAAGAGAAAGAAAGCUAUUGAGCGAGCAAAUCUGGAGACCGUCAAGGAACCAAAGGAUGGGCCGCCUUGGUGGACGAAUAUGAAAGUCAGAUGA